AUGUGCAACGCCUCACCAUCUUCGCCCCUCAUCCUCCAUAAACAAAUGCACGCAUUUGCAUUCUUUGAGCAUCAGCCACGACACGAACAUCGGCGGCUCCCCAACAUAGCACAGUUUGCACAUUUAUCGUGUGAUGAUUCGACACGAACCAAAAAAUUUACAAGCGUAACCGCAUACACGCCACUGCCGGCAAUUGACCUUUUUCCCUCGACCCUGUGUUCGCUCACAAUGGUAAAUGAAGAACACGAAUUUAAAACAAAAAAACAAAAAACUACGGGUAUCAGAGCAGUGCAACGCCGUCUGUGCUAG